GCGCAUAGUAAGUUCAGGUUUUUAAAAAUUGUACUGCAAGUACUAUCUAAUAUAUCAAACCAGAUUUUCCGAUAUCUCUCGGCAACCAACCUUCGGAGCUUCCAGGAGUGGGUGAGCAACCGUCAGCUCAGGAGGACGUAACCGCGGAACUGCUGGCUUCAAGCCCUAUGACUGUAAAUGAGGAAUCUUCAGUUUCUGCUGCCAUGGCUGUGGAACCAUCAACUUCUGCUCCUGUGAUUGCGGGACCAUCAGCUUCAGGUGAUAUAGUUGUGGAGCCGGCAGCUGCCAGUUCUAUAAAGGAAGAGCCAUCAGAUUCAGCCUAUGAUCUUACGGAGUGGGUAGCUUCCAGUUCUUUAAUAAAGCAGGAAACAACUACAAACUCUACACCAUUGGGACCUUUGAGCACGUUUGCUUCACAGAAAAGAGAUUUCGGUGAGAUUACCGAAAAUAGUCAUUCCCAACGUGAAGAUAGGAAAACUCAAAUACUGGCUACCCCGAGACUUUCUAGAAACAAAGGGAAAGAAACCGCGAUCCGUUUAUGGGCUGAUAUGGUUGGCGCCCUUAAUGAACCUGUUAUGGUUGGCACCCUUAAUGGACCCAACAUCAGGAGAGCCGAAGCGCAUACGUUGGAAGGUAUGGUCCUUUUCGGAAUAGCUGGGGCCUUAAGCGAAGGAAUGGAGGAGAAAUUUGCUUCCAACCGAGAAGAUAAUCGUAAUUACUUGUGCCUUAAUGCGAUACCAAAUGCGAUGGAAUAUCUAAAAAGAGUGUUGAAGGCUGAAAGUCCAUCAGAAGCUAUUGGUAGGUGCGUCGAGAAAAUCGACGUUUCAACUUACAAUGGCCAGUUCCUUACGAUCAUGCGAGGCACCCUUUAUGAUUUCUGUAUAACGAGGCUGACCAAACCCAAUUUCGAGUACACUGGUGAUUAUGAAAUGACCUAUUGGGUUGACUCCGUCCUCCCCAUGUUCAGGUAUCUUGCUAGGAUUACCGGUCUAGUCUUGUUUAAUUGGGGCCAAACGGUUACUAUGCGUAUUGACUUUGCUUCAUAUUUCGACGACAUCCAAGAUCUUGGUAACUGACACUAAUUUGAAUGCCUUCCAAAGUCACAAAA